CGCUGCAAGAGAACAAGUUGCUUCACCGUAACUUCUCCUUUCUUUCUCGAUUUACACUAGCAGUUGUAGUCUCUUUUUGUUACUUUUCGUAUCUGUUGCCAUCUACACCGCGGCGAGCGGUCAGUAUCAGGAUUCUUCGGAAUACGUCGUCGUGCUCUCAUCAGACACACCCAAGGAUUAUUUUCACCUGACAGCUCUAUAGUUUUGUGGGGUUCUUUCUUUUGGGUGGGGGUGUUGCAAAUCAGGUUCUUAACUUUUUUUUUUUUUUUUUUUUUUUUUCUUCUACUCGGAACAUGGAGACUGAGAGGGAGGUUUUCCAGUGAGGAGGGGUGGUGUCUGAACAACAACCUCAUUGGACAGAGUGCAGUGCCCUUCUCAAAGCAGCCAAACAGAAGACUGCCGUCGUCGUCAUCAUGACCGUAACGGUUUAAAUGCUCCAGACUCUAUAUCAGAGAGAGAAGAGCCAGGUGCCAUCUUGGAUACACUCCGCCACACACUCCCAGCCCCCGACCAGCUAAGGCCAGCCUGUGCGGGACCCCGGAUACCGAGAGGAAGUGCUUUCCCCCUCGUCCCCCCCACCCCCCCACCCCUUGGGGAGUGUUCCGUUGCUCUGACAGCUUCCUGUUCCAUAGCAGGUUACAGGAGGGGAGGGAGCGCUCCCCCCCCUUCUCCCCGCUUACGGCAGGUCAGACCUCUGACCCCCGGUCGCCAUGACAACCGUUGCCCAGUCAGGCGAACUGGUGUUUGAGUUCGCCAGCAAUGGAAUGGACGAAAUCAACCAGCUGGAUGACCCCUCGGUGUUCCCCUCGGUCAUCGUGGAGCAGGUGCCGGCGGCGGACCUGAUGCAGGUGUACUGCAGGCUGGACUGCGACGAGGUGCCCAACGGCAUCAUGGCCGCCCCCUCCCUGGACGUGGCCGAGGAGCAGAUCAUGGCCGGGGACAUCGGGCUUCUGGUCGAAACAGCAGGUUCAGACCCAGGAGACAACAUGGAGACUGUCGAGGCAGCUGCUGCUCUACUCAAUAUGGAGUCCCCCAACAACAUCUUGGAUGAGAAGCGAAUGAUUCACACAUAUGGAGCGCUGCUGGACCCUGAGAUCAGCUACAUCCCGCUGAAGCCAGAGCAGCUGACCAGCGGCUCCACCGACUGGUCGCCGGACGACGAGUCCUCCUCCAUGGACGAAAUCCCGAGGAAGACCCCAACAAAACCACAGAGGAAGAAAGUGCGUAAACCUCGGGCAGCGCGCUCCUGCUCCCCCAUCAGCGCCCCCAGCCUACCACUGAAGAAGAAGAACAAGGAGGGAAAAGGGAACACCAUCUACCUGUGGGAGUUUCUCCUGGCCUUGCUGCAGGACAAAAACACCUGCCCCAAGUACAUCAAGUGGACGCAGAGGGAGAAGGGCAUCUUCAAGCUGGUGGACUCCAAGGCUGUGUCCAAGCUGUGGGGGAAACACAAGAACAAGCCAGACAUGAACUAUGAGACCAUGGGCAGGGCCCUCAGAUACUACUACCAGCGUGGGAUCCUGGCCAAGGUGGAGGGCCAGCGGCUGGUGUACCAGUUUAAGGACAUGCCCCCCGACCUGGUCAUCAUCGACGACGAGGACCAGGGCCCCGACUGUAACCCGGGUUACGGCGGGCACCGCACGGCCCCGAACGGCAGGGGCCCCGCCCGGGGCUCGUCCCGGGGCAAGCCGGUGCUGCUGAAACCGGUGAAGAGGGAGCCCAGCCCCUGUCAGCUGUACGAGGGAGAGGACAUCAAGCCCACUGAGCUACUGCAGACCGUGCACGUGCUGCAGCCCAAUCAGGGAGCGGCUGUUCCUGCCCCUGUGCACACUGUGAGGGCCAUAAACGUGCCUACCUCUGUGCCCAUGAUGCUGACCCAGGGAGGGGGGGGAGGGGGGACGGUGACCCUGCAGACCAUGCCACUCACCACCGUCCUGGCCAAUGAGGACCCCGACCACGCCUCCCAGCCUCAGCGGGUCAUCCUGGCGGUCUCGUCCUCCUCCUCCAUGCCCGGCGGAAAGGACGUGCUGACCUUCCAGACCUCCGCCAGCCUGCCCGAGAGCCUGCAGCCUCCCCAGCUCCUGGUGACCAGCCUGGGGGCGUCGGGCCUGUCCUCCGCCCAGGGGGGCUCCCUGAAUGGCCUGGCCCGCCUGCUCAACUUCAGCCCCGGCUGCCAGCCGCUGGUCGCCCAGCAACCGGGCACCGUCAUCGCCACUCUGCUGAAGCCCGGAGAGUUCCAGGGCCUGCAGGUCAAAGAGGAGCUUCUGGACGCGCAGUACUUCCAGUCGCUCGUCAACUGCUACGGGGAGCUGGAGGGCGGCUACAGGACUGUCGUGGUGGAGACCGCCCACGAGCCGCAGCCGGAGGGCGCGGUGGACGGACGCUUGGAGCUGGGGGAGCAGGGCGGCCCCAGCGAGGGCCUGACGCCGGUGGAGAUGCUGGAGGACCACGCCCUGCAGGCCGAACACGGCGCCAAGGCGCUGGCCGUCUCCCAGGGCCUGCAGGACCUCCCCGUCACCCUGCACUCAGCCCUCACCUCCCCCUCCUCACACCUGGUCCCCGUCCAGGUGAAGCUCGAGCCCAUGGACGCAUAGAGUGGCAGGCCCUGCUGCUGCCUGGCCAAGCUGGGAACAGCGCACACAACCCAAAGACCCUUUCAGCAAUCCAGUCAUUUCCCCUCCGACAGUAGGGGAUUUGUAAUUUAUUGCCCUUAAUUGCAGGUCUUUUCUUGGCCUGGGUUUUUUUUUUUUUUUUGUUUACUAUGAAAUGUUGUGCCUACAUUUUAAUGUUAAGGGAUUAUCUGUUGUUGUUGUUUUUUUAACGAUAGGGCUUGUUGUCAUGCCCUUGCAAGGGCCUUGUCUUUGUGUGAUCUCUGUGAAACGCCUUGAAUGGCCAUCAGCCAUUGGAUCAGCAGGAUACAUCCACCCGUGUGCCAGUUAGAUGAUAUUUAUUUGAGUCUCAUCGGAAGGACUGUGGAACGUGGUGAGGAAGAGCUCCUUCCAGCUACGCUACGUAAGAAACCAAACCAGUCUUCAAAAAGAGAAGACGGGAAAACAAUGCAAAACAACAGUGGACUGCAAAAACCCCCCCAAAAAAACUCUGUGUUUCCCUCCUCCACUCUUCUAUCGACGUGGCAAAGACCAAAGAAUGGGCAGAAAGCCUUCAUAAUCAAAACCGAACUCUCAGACCGGUACCAAAACGUGCUCUGUAAACGGUUAAAAAUAGUCAUGAAUAUUUUCCUUUGUUCCUAGUGUUAUGUUGGAGGUCAUAACAGAGGCUGCAGAUUGUUGUGACAGAAUGAACUGUGAUAGGCUACUGAACUUCCCUCCACUCCCGUCAUCGCAGUGUCAGUGAGGUGCAUCUUCGCCUCUGCUGCUUGUGGCCUUAAAGCUUUGUGUUGCCAUGGAUACGGGCAUUCCCAGUCCUGUUUCAAGACAGUGAUUAUAGCCAUGUGUAUGUAUAUAGCUGUAGACUUUUUAUGAAAAAAAAGACAAUGAUAUUCAUGUUUUUUUUUAAUUGGCUGGUGAAAUAUACCCGCUUCAUAUUCUCUUAGUAAAGCUUUAAACAUGUUUAUAUGGAAUAAAUAUAUAUUAAAAUAUGCUAUUAAGAUUAAA